GUCGGCUUCCACUCGGUGCAUACAGACUUAAGAACCCUAAUCCUCCCAAGAACCAAACAAACAAAAUCUAAAAAUGAACUCUAUGACCGUGCUCGCAAUCCUCGCCGCCUCCUUGGUCCUCUGUGCAGGCGAUGUGUCGCACCUGUCGCGCAGCUAUCUGCCCCCCUUGAGUGGCGGCUACUCCUCCGGGUACUCCUCGUAUCCGUCGUACUCGAGUGGAUCCGGAUACUACUCGGGUGGCGGCGUUGGCAGCUACGCCUCGCCCGUGGUCUCCUCCAGUUACAGGAGCUAUGCGGUGCCGCAGUACACCACCUAUGCCACGCCCUCUCGCACCUACUUGCCGGCGGACACUGGAUACACCGGCUACUCCGGAUACUCGGGCUACUCCGGCUACAAUGGCCUGGACACCAAGUACGGCAGCAAUGGUGGCUACGUCUACUAGGUCACCACUUUGGGAGGCCAGCAACAAUGGAGCAAGCGGACAUCUAUAUUCCUCAACAUUUUUUUUUUG